AUGACUGGAGGGCAUGUUGUUGGACUAAGGAUGACCACUUCCGAUCGGCGAACUCGUGAAUAUUUCACGCAUUACCUACAGGAGAUAGAUGAAACAGCACGACCCGCCAGAAUAGAAAAAUUUAAAUUUCUCAGAGUCUUGCUGGAAAAAUUCAAAUCGGUGGAUGAUGUACGUAAUAUCAUCACGUUAGAACAAGUUGAUGUUAAGUUCAACCAUGUUGCACAAAUCGAGUUGGAGAGCUCAAAAGGGCUGGGCGUGUUUAUGGGAUAUGUUAGACUUAUCUAUUGA